CGUCGUCGAAACACAAAUCAGGGAGAGUGUGAGCGCAGCGGGCAAGGGCGCGAGGGCGUGGAAAGGAUGAAGGCGCUAUUUGCGGGCGUCAUAUUGGACCACCCCCCCUACUCCCCCUCGUUCGCAUCCUCAGCGGGGGUUUAUAUGGCUGGCGCGAGAGUGAAAGUUAUUAGUGUUAGUGAGUGAGUGGCAGGCAACGUGUACCUCAUCUCGCACUGUACCACGCUCCGAGCCCUUCAGCAGAACACCUCGUCCACGCCGCCGUCAGCAUGGAAACCGGCCGCCUUUCGCUCCUGCUCGCAACCUGCUGGCUCGCCCUGGCUUGCCUCGUCGCCCCAACACAGGGGAGGAUCCAGCAUAAUGCAAAGAGAUCAGCAUGCGACUGCAGUGGCUACGUCUGCGGCACGCCCAACCGGGGCAGCCGCAUCGUAGGAGGCACGGAGACAAACCCCGGCAAGUACCCUUGGCUCGUGUCCCUCUCCUACCGCGGGAAGCUCUACUGCGGCGCCACCCUCGUCAACGACCGGUACCUCGUCACGGCAGCUCAUUGCAUCAAACGCGUGACCAAGAGCCGCGUGCAGAUCGUGCUGGGGAGCCACAACAAGAGCGACAUCCACGAGCCCUCCCGCCAAGUGCGCAAGGUGGGUGAUUGGUGGGCGCACGAGGGCUUCGACAGGCGCACCUUCAACAACGACAUCGGCGUCAUCAAGCUCGACAGCCCCGUCGAUAUCACAAAAUACGUCCGCCCUGUUUGCCUUCCCGCUCAUGACCAGUCCUACGUGGGCGAGUUCGGCAUCGUGCCCGGGUGGGGCCGCCUCUCGGAGAACGGCCAGUCCAGCGACGUGGUGCGGGAGGUGAAGGUCCCCAUCAUGAGCAACAGCGAGUGCAAGACAAAGAAGUACAACCCGUCCGAGAUCACCGACAACAUGAUGUGCGCCGGCUAUGACGCGGGGAAGAUCGACGCCUGCCAGGGUGACAGCGGCGGCCCCAUGCUGUGGGAGAGGGAUGGAAGCUCACAGAUCGAUCUUAUCGGAGUGGUGUCUUGGGGCCAAGGCUGUGCACGUGCAGGAUACCCAGGGAUCUACACGCGCAUCCAGAACUACAGGAACUUCAUCGACGCAUACAUCAGGGAAGGCUGCUUCUGCUCCUCGCAGUAGAGCUCAAGCUGACCCAAGUCGUGGCCAGUUCCUCGAAUUAACCAUCAAGAUUCUUCAACCAAGUGUUUAUUGUGGCUGUUUGGUUCUUUUUGAGCUCCGGACUAAGGAGAUCCACUGAUUUAACUACAUCAUUCAUCCAAUGGCGCCUCGAUAUUCGUGAUUUUCCCCCAUCGUUUCUGCCAUAUCCAUCCUAACCGGAGCCUUUUGCAUUAGUGAACGGAAUGCAUCUACUGGUAUAUGAACCAUCCACAGGCACUAGGUCUUAGAAUCCCUUUUCUUGCAUUUCACUAUCCUAUUUAUUUAUUCUAACAUCUAGCAUUAAGUGACCAUUAUUCUAAGUGCAUAAACAAUUGUAUGUAGUACACCGCAGUAGAAACAUAGCGCUUGUUCUUACACUUCCGGUGAAGUCGGACUACCUCACCUACUGAAGACUUCUACUAGUGUUCAUUUAUAGGCGUAUAACAUACUAUCGAACAGCACAUAAUAUGUACAAAACUUUUAUCUCACCCAGAAAUGAAUCACGUGUUUGUCGAAUGAUGUGUGCGAUUCAUAUUUAGAUCCAUGAAACUUGUACUGAUUGUAGUAGAUGAGAAGUUUGUGUUGAAGUGUGUUCUUCAUUAUACAACCAGAAAAUGUAUCUUGGUGAAGUUCAUGGAGGAGUGUUUGUCUGUUUUGUCGAGUGCACAGCAUGUCCUGGAGCCAAAUGUUAAGGCUAAAAUGGGCAUAGUUAUCUAGUCUUCCUUAUGUAAUAAAAUGACCACGUGAUAUUAAGAA